AUGGCGUCAGAGGCGGCGCCAGGUCAGCUCGGCGCGCGAUGGACUCCUCCGGGAGGUGGCGCUGACGGGAAGGCGGGAGGGAGUAGCGGCGGUAGUACUGGUGGUGGUCUGCGUGUGAAUAACAGCCUGUGCAACGAGAAAGUGCCGUUCGUUCCGCAAAACGGACGACGAGUCACGUGGUACAUCUGCGGUCCUACAGUGUACGACUCGUCGCACAUCGGCCACGCGCGAACGUAUCUCUCCUUCGAUAUUAUCCGCCGCAUUCUUGAGGACUAUUUCGGGUAUGACGUGUUCUAUGUGAUGAACGUGACUGACGUGGACGAUAAGAUCAUCGUAAGGGCCAGGAGGGAUUACCUCAUCAAGCAGUACCUCCACGCCACGUCAGAUGCCGCCCAGGUCUUGGCAGACACGCAAGCAGCCCUCUCAACAGCAGUGGAGAAGCAACGGGGUGUGGUAGAGGGGUUGAAGUCGACAGCUGAGGGGGAGAGCAACGAGAAGAAGAAAGAGACGCUGCUGCAGCAGGCCGCACAGGAGGAGCUGAAACUGCAGCAGCUGGAAGGGGCGGCGAAGGCCGUCUUGGAGCGGCUGGGCCCAGCGUGCGUGGCGGCUGGCGGGCGGCGAGGUGUGUCUCUUGUGCUGGGACGGCGGGGCGAGGAGGUGGAGGCGAAGGAGGGGGGGGCUGUGGGUGACGAGGCACGAGUUAAUGGCACAGCAGCCGAUGGGGCUGGGGCAGCAGCAGAUCGGGACGCAGCAGCAGCAGAUGGGGACGCAGCAGCAGCAGAUGGGGACGCAGCAGCAGCAGCAGGUGAAGCAGCAGAAGGUGACAAAAUAGCAGCAGAGGCGGCAGCAGAUGCACUGGCAGCGUCGUUGGAUGCGAAGCUGAAGGCGACUGUCACUGAUGUCUCCAUCUUCAGACGCCUGGCUGCCAAGUACGAAGUGGAGUUCUUUGAAGAUAUGAAGGCGCUUGGAGUGCGGCCACCUCACGUGCUGACACGUGUCACAGAGUACGUGCUGAGAUGGCACGAGUACGUGCUGAGAUGGCACGAGUACAUCGACGCUAUUGUGAACUAUGUGGACACGAUCAUUAAGAAUGGCUGUGCGUAUGCCACCAAUGGCAGCGUCUACUUUGACACCAAGGCCUUCAAUCUUUGCAUAUGCUUGCCAUCAACAGGAGAGUCUCCUUCCCCUCUCCUCUCCCCCCCAUUCUCCCCUCUCCCCCCCACCCUCCUUCCCCUCCCUUCACCUCCAACCCACUACAGGGAGUCAGGCCACAUGUACGGGAAGCUCUGCCCGUGGUCCGUGGGCAGUGCUGAGCUGGCAGCAGAGAGCGAAUCAGACUUUGCCACGUCAGAGAAGCGCAACCGCAGCGACUUCGCCCUGUGGAAGGCCAGCAAGGCCGGCGAGCCAUCGUGGCCGUCGCCUUGGGGCGAUGGACGGCCAGGAUGGCACAUUGAGUGCUCAGCCAUGGCCUCAGAUAUCGUUGGGUUCCCCAUGGACAUUCACUCUGGGGGCAUUCGUCACCUUCCUUCCCUUCCACCCAACCCUUCCGAUCUUCACUGUGUCACGCGCCUCGCCCCCCACCUCCCCCCCCACCUCGCCCCCCACCUCGCCCCCCACCUCCCCCCCCACCUCGCCCCCCACCUCGCCCCCCACCUCCCCCCCCACCUCGCCCCCCACCUCGCCCCCCACCUCCCCCCCCACCUCGCCCCCCACCUCGCCCCCCACCUCCCCCCCCACCUCGCCCCCCACCUCGCCCCCCACCUCCCCCCCCACCUCGCCCCCCACCUCGCCCCCCACCUCCCCCCCCACCUCGCCCCCCACCUCCCCCCCCACCUCGCCCCCCACCUCCCCCCCCACCUCGCCCCCCACCUCCCCCCCCACCUCGCCCCCCACCUCCCCCUUACCCGAUACCCCAAUACCCCCCUUACUAGCGACCUGCGGUUCCCCCACCACGACAACGAGUUGGCACAGGCGGAGGCGUUCCACAGGUGUGGGCAGUGGGUGAACUACUUCCUGCACGCGGGCCACCUGCACAUCGAGGGCCUCAAGAUGUCCAAGUCGCUAAAGAACUUCAUCACCAUCCGCCAGGCUCUAGAGAAGUACAGCGCGCGCCAGUUCAGAUUGCUCUUCUUGCUGCAGGCCUGGGACAAGCCAAUCAACUAUGGGGAGGGUGCGAUGGCAGAUGCGGUGGGGAGGGAGAAGCAGCUCAGAAACUUCUUCCAGACCGUUCAGGCUGAGAUUCGGGCAGCGGUGAGUCGUGCUGACGUGGAUGGAUACGAUUCAAACCAGAUCAACCCAGUGUCCAACUACCCGAAUCCCUCCCAUCUUCCCCCAACCACCACCCCCUCCUUUCACUUCACAUACCUCCCCUCUCCCGAUUCCGGCGAGCAGGGUGAGGAGGCGUGGAGCGAGUUGGAGAAGACUCUGAAUGCUGCUGUGGCUACAGCACAGGCUGAGGUCUGCUCUUUGGCCUCUUCUCUCCUCAUCUCCUUACCUCUCGCCACCUCUCCCCACCACUCACCGCCACUCUCACCAUCUCUUCUCACCACUCCCCAUCAGGUCCGUGCUCGCCUGGAGGACAACUUUGACACGGCAGGCGCCAUUGCAGCACUCUUCGACCUCGUCCGCGCUCGUCUAGAGGACAACUUUGACACUGCGGGAGUCAUAGCAGCGCUUUUCGACCUCAUCUCAGCCACCAACGUGUACCUCAAAGACACAUCCGCCAAGAAACGCCGCCCGCGGCCGCUCCUGCUGCAGUCUGCCGCCCAGUUUGUCUCCCGGAUCCUGCAGGUCUUUGGUCUGCUAGACUCGAGUCUGGAUUCGUUUGGCAUGACAGCAGGAGGAGCGGCAGCAGGGGCCCAGGGCGAGCAAUCCAAAGAGGCCAUCGUGGUGCCCUACAUCCAAGGCUUCUCAACGUUCCGUGACGAUGUGCGGGCAGCAGUGCGCAGAAACGCCACCAAGGAUGAGCUUCUAUCUCUCACCGAUAAGGUUAGGGACUAUGCUAUGGUGGACCUCGGGAUUCGCUGCGAGGACCGCGGCGGCGCGGGGGCAGAGGCAGCGGUGGUGAAGCUGGAUGAUCCCAAGGUGCUGCGAGCUGAGAGGGAUGAACGGAUCGCCAAGGCUGCUGCUGAGGCCAAGCGGAAACUGCAGACGAAACUGGCGGCCAAGGAGUGGGGAGUGGGGAGUGGGAAGGAGGGGAGGCGAGCAGCGGUGGUGAAGCUGGAUGAUCCCAAGGUGCUGCGAGCUGAGCGGGACGAGCGGAUCGCCAAGGCUGCUGCUGAGGCCAAGCGGAAACUGCAGACGAAACUGGCGGCUAAGGUGAAGGGCUUGGAGCGGUGGCAAUUCGCCUCUGUGCCUCCUGCAGAGAUUUUCAAGAAAGCGGUGGACGAGUACAGCACGUGGGAUAAGAAGGGCGUGCCCAAGGGAGAAGGGAGAAGCACUUGUGUGAAGGACUUGGAGCGGUGGCAGUCGGCAUCUGUGCCUCCCUCUGACAUCUUUCGGAAAGCGGUGGACAAGUAUAGUGCGUGGGAUGACAAGGGCGUGCCGACUCAUGACAAGGAUGGCAAAGAGCUUUCAGCUAAAGCCAAGAAGGGAGUGGACAAGGAAUUGAAUAAGGCAGAGAAGGCAUUGCCAAUGGACAAGGAGCUGAAGAAGGCAGAGGAGGCAUUUGGCAAGUACCAGCAGACAGUCGUUCUCGUCCUCCCACUCGGCCUCCCAUCACUCACUCUCUCGCCCUUUCUCCCUCUGCACAUCCCUCCACUCGCCCAUGCCUACCAGGGUGUGGACAAGGAAUUGAAGAAGGCAGAGGAUUCGUUUGCCAAGUAUCAGCAGAAGGUGGGAGAAGAUCCCGGGUUCCUGGACUCGCUCAGAGAGGAGGUUGCCAGGCUGGAAGCUGAGCUGGCAAAGUGA